CAAUCACAGCAAUGUUUAUGGUUCAUGCCCCAGGGUCUGGUUCCGAUUUGUUUUACCAUUGAUUUGAUAAGAAUGAGCUUUUGACGUAUCGCUUUCCUGCCUCCUCGCAAGUCUUCUCCUCCCUCCUCCCUCUGUCUCCGGCCGGCCUGACCCCCAGCACCACCCCCACGACGAGCCCCAACCCCACCGCCGCCGCCACCAACUUCUCCGCCGCCGCCAUGGACUUCCUGAAGAAGGACCUGAAGCGCAAGCGGAAGAGCAACUACAGCGUGAAGGAGACCCAGACGCUGAUCCGCGAGAUCCACAAGCGGCGCGACGUGCUCUUCUCGCGCCAGCAGAACACGGCCAUCAACGAGCUGAAGCGCCGCGCCUGGGACGAGGUGGCCGACUGCGUCAACGCCCUGGGGGAGGGCGAGCUGCGCACGGCGGCCGAGGUCAAGCGCCGCUACCUGGACUGGAGGGCCCUGAUGAAGAGGAAGCAGCUGCGCGCCGAGCUGGCCUCCUCGGGGAUGAAGAACGAGUACAAGGCCCCCUGCCUGUCGCCCGAUCACGACGCGGCCUCGCUGGGCGCCGGGGAGCCGUCGCUGGACAUGAGCGCGUUCGGCAGGGACGGAGGGUGCGAUUGGCAGGAUCUGCCUGACCUCGGGGAGCCCAGCAGCCACACGUCCUCCGGGAUCAAGAUGGAGGACGAUGACCCCAACGAAUACAGGUUGGAUGGUGACCCCGGCGAGGCGGUGGAGGCGGAGGUGGACGGCGAGGACGAUGACGACGACUGCUUCCCCUCCCUCCUGCCCAACAUCGAUCGCGAGGGCCGCGGGGUGCCCGAGGUCUUCGCCCACAUCGACGAGUUUGGCAUGCUCAGCUCCUCCAAGGCCUCCUCCCUCAGCGCCGGAGGUCGCGCCGACCUCAGCGGCCUGGGUGGCCUGGGAGGAGGCAUCGGGGUCGGGGUCGGAGUCGGCGGCAUGAGCGGUGUCGGGAUGGGUCUCAACGGGCUUGCGCACGGGCUGGCCCACGGCAUGGGCCUGGGCGGGGGCGCAGGCGAGGCGAGCACGGGCCUCCUCAUCGCACUGGAGAAGCAGCGUCUGGACCUGGAGAAGCACAGGUUGCAGGUGGAGUCGGAACGGCUGCAGGUGGAGAAGGAGCGCCUCCUGCUGGAGAAGGAGAGGCUGCGGCAGGCCGAGUCCGAACGCGAACGGCUUCAGCUGGAACGCGAGAGGCUACAGGUGGAGCGCGAACGACUCCGCCUGCUCAUGUGCCAGUCGAGCGCCGCCAACGCCACGGCCCAAAACGGCCUGCCCUCCUCCACGUCUGCAGCCACCCCCAGCACCUCCUCCUCCACCUCCUCCUCCACUGCUCCCACCUCCUCCACCUUGGAGAGUGCCAUCGGAGGUGGUGGUGGUGGUGGUGACAAGGACAGGAAGCCUGGACUGUGGCCCGGGUACCCGGUGUGCGUGGACCUGGAGGCGGAGAAGCUGAAGCUGGAGAAGGAGCGCCUCCUGCUGGAGAAGGAGAGGCUGCAGUUCUUCAAGUUCGAGUCGGGCCGGCUGCAGAUCGAAAAGGAGCGGCUGCAGGUGGAGAAGGAGCGGCUGCAGUUGCACAAGGACGGCCAGCAGAUGGCGCUGCACCAAUGACACGAAACUAACAACUAACAAAACCCCAAUGACUGGAUGGUCUAUGGACACGACCGAUUUCGAAGCAGUUUCUUCAACUGACGAUUUUGCAACCGAAACCACCCGUUUCCUGGUUGGAAUUGCAAUAGGAAGCUGUUUUUUUUUGGUUGGCAAGUCCAUGUGUUUGUUUGGUUGCAAAGUUGACAGUUGAAAAAUGAACAUUGCUAGAAGUUAGUGGGUGUCACUCCUGACUGUCAUGGCAGUCGAUUGUCUGUCGACUUCCAUGUGUCUGGCUCUUCUGUGUUGCAGGCAGCACAAAUAUUUGGUAUACCAGAAGGGGUUUGAGGCCAGGUGGUGCAACUCUCCUUCCCCCUUUUGCUGUGCUCACCCACACACAGACAGAACUGUUGCUAUUCCUUCUUUAUUCAGAAGACAGAGAGAGAUAUGGUUGGUUUUAUUAAAGGAG